AACACUUUUGUCAUUGCAACUUCCUUUGUUGUUGUUCGCAGGUGAUCCGCUUUGCCAAAGUUCAAAUCAUUUAUUUCAACACUAAAUCAAUAGGGCUAAUUAUUUUUUUAAUUUAAGUUUUUUAGGUGGUACGUCCGAUGGGCGCAUUUUAUUGCUCAGUUUGUAAGCAGACUACUUUCUCUGGAAAGUCUCACAUUUUUGGAAAAAGCCACCAAAGCAGAUUAAGAGUUGUUCUUCUCAAAUUUCUCGAAAAGGUUAAAGAGGCACAUCGGAUGCUAAAAAAGCCUCAGGUGGAGACGUUUGACUGCACUCAGCACAAUCAAAAGUUCUGGUGCUAUUGCUGUGAACUUGAGGUUGACAGAAACGUUACAGAUGGAAACAUGACUGUGCUAUAUGCGGGACUUAUUGAACACAUGGCAACACAAGAACACAGAAAGAGCACCCAUAAAUUCUGGUGGGAAAACAAAGCAGAUCAAAAGCUCAAAGACAAGUUUUUUUUCUCAAAAGAGGAAAUCGACAGAUUCAAAACUGAGGUGGAAAAGGUGCUUGGGACCUUUGUGGAAAAGGAAGAUGAGUUCAUUAAACAGGAAGCUGAAUUGAUCCGAAACCAAGAAAAGCAUCGCCAGGAGUUUCUUAAGUCUCUAACAGAGCACAAUGCAGAUCAGGAGUCCUCCAUUGAACAACACAAUGGAAACUAUUCUACUGGAGAUGUGGCCAGCGGCAGAGUGCCUGAGGGAAUGACACCACGAACAGGAAGCAGUGCUGAUUAUUCAGUGACUGACGUACCUUACUCUGCAGCAGGAUUAACUUUCAUUGGAUAUCAGGACUCCUCAAGCUGUGGAAACGUUCAUACAGGAGCACUUCCUCCCUGGCUACAAGAUGAUGAUGAUGAUGAUGACGAUGAUCCUUUGGAAGGAAGCUCAGGGUCAGCUACACAACCGGAGAUGGGGCCGUCACUCCAAGGAUUUCUGAAACACAAGGAACAGGAGAAACUGAAGAAGCUUCCACCAAACAGAGUAGGAGCUAACUUCGACCACAGCUCUCAUACAGAUGCAAACUGGCUUCCUUCUUUUGGUCGGGUGUGGAACAGUGGCCGGCGCUGGCAGUCUAGACACCAAUUCCGACAUGAAGAGGGUCAGAAGAAGAAACAGAAGAGGAAGCGGGACCAGAGCACUGAUUAAAUUAAUAAAAUAUGUACAAAUCAUCUGGACUAACAUUCCUAAAAAGACCUAGCACCUUAUCACUGACUGAUCAUGAUAGCCACUGUUUGAGCCUACUCUUCAGUGUAUUUUAGUCUUUACUGGUUGUUCUAAUGAAAUUUGCAAAAUCUGAAAAUAUGUUGUUUCAACAGCAGGGGGUGCUAAACACCAAGGGGCAUUAAGCUUGAUGAGGUCAUUUGCCUAUAAAUAGUAAGAGAAAAUACUUUUUAUUUUUUAUAAUAUUGUAUCCAUAAAAACAAAAACAAAACGUGUAUAGGCCUGUUUUAAACAUAGUUUUCAGUUUGACAACCGUAACUCUAACUAUGGUUGCUUUCUCCCUGGAGUUGAUGUGUUGUUCAAGAGUAUAUGGGAAUACCCUCGACGAAAGAAUGGUAGCGAGAUAAGUUCAUACAUUUAUCUGUGUUACAACAGACGCAUAGCACAGCUGAACUACUUCUUCAAGCUCUUCUUUGCCGUGCCAGGAUUUCUAUUAUUAGCUCAGUGACAUGGCUCGAGUCUGAUUCAG